AUGGGAAAUCGACCAAUACCAAACAAUUGGCCUUGGUGGAGCGUGAAAACUACAUCUGCAAAGGCUUGCGAAGACUCUUACUUGGAAAUCACGAAUGAAAAUCGCUCGAGCGAAUAUACAAACGUAACGAAAUUGAUAAAAAUACACCGUGUUAAUGGCGGAGGGAAGAAGCGUUGCUUUAACACCUGGUCAGACCUAUUUUAUGUACCCAAGAAAUUCAGUGAUCAGUGGCAGCGAAUUUCUUUCGUGUUUCAUAAAAAUCGAGUGUUUUUGGAAGUUGCAGUGCCGACGAUUAUGAGUUUUCUAGAUUUACAUGAUUCUUGGGAAAAGCAUUAUGGGCUAUAUCUGCCGGACAAGUAUGGCUCUAUUAAUUUUGCUGAUGGAAAAUUGGUCUGGAUAAAUUAUAACUAUGAUAUUAAAUUUAUACAUCCUGUUAAAUUUCUUGGGAAUGUAGCCAAACCGAAUAGAGAAAAGUUAAAAAAUGAUAUAAUUCCUUAUUCUAAACGGUUCACAAAAUGUUAG